AGCUGAGGACAGCAAACGUAGUUCAGCAUUCCAGCAGCCAAGAUGUGCAAUCCCCAACAGACGCCGACUCAAGAGCCACAGCAACCAAUGCAACAAAAUGCGGCAGCCAGCACAGCCUAUGCACUGUACUUGCAUCGCGAGGAACUGAGGCGCCGCAAGCUGCACUCCGUACGCAGCUCGGCCACCAAGAUACAGCUCACCAACGAGCUAAUAGCCAGAACCAAGCAGAACAUACGCGAAUGCAGCGACGAGGAUCUCGAGAUACUCGCCCGGGAGACGAUCUUUAAGAAGAGUCUGCAGAGGCAUUUGCACUACAGACGCAUGCAGCUGCAGGCCUGGAUGCUGGCCAAAAAGCAGGGCAAGAUCGUCAAAGUGGAGGCAAAGCGAAGCAUUUGAGAGCAGAAUGCAAUGGGAGUGAGAAAGAGAGAGAAAAUGAGAGGAGAGA